AUGGAGGCCAGAAUCGAACAGGAAACGUCACGAGCUCAGGCAAUGGACAAUGGCGAUUCUGACAAUGAUGGCAACGAUCAAGUGAAGUCAUCAACAAGAUCAAUUGUGGGCUGUCCGGAGGAUUCAAAGAUGAUGUAUAGAAUUCCCUAUGAAAAAAAUAUGCUGAAACUUCGGCAAAUAGAUAGUGAUGAUGAUGCAAUAGACGUGGCUUGUAUUGAUAAAAAAUAUGAAAAAGUUGAUGUGUAUGAUAUCUAUGAAUUCCAUAUAAGAGAUGUUAAUAGCAACACUGAUUUAGGUGCAGUAACAGUUGAGGAGAUUCAACUAGAAGAUGAUAAUUUAUAUGUGGAUAUAACCUUUGAUGAUAUUAAUCUAGUUGACUUCGAAGAAAUACCGUUUCAUGUGAAGCAAAUGAUGGAGCAUGUGAAGUCAAAAAAUGAAAAAACAGAGCCAGCUGAACAUGGAGGAAAUGAUGAUGAUGAUGAUGAUGAUGAUGAUGUCCAUUUGGAUUCAUCCACAGCUGAAAGCUUCCAUGACAGCGAUUAUGAUUUUAGACAUGUUGAUGAAGAUGUGAUAUUCCAGAGUUGCGUUGUUACACCUAAGCAAGAGUUAGGUGGUCGAAUUGGAAAGAUACAACCUGAUGGUGAAGGAAAAAGCAGGGGCAAGGAGUGUAACAAACAGAAAAUGUCAUUACCCGCAACUAAGAAGAAAAAAGAUGAAGCUAAAGAUAAUUAUUUUAAGGACUUGCACUUAGAUGAAGGAGAUCAGUCCAUGAGGAAUCUGAUUCACUUGCCUCAGAUGAGUUGA